AUGGUGUCACAAACGACAGCGGGAGGAUACACCGCCAUCCCAACCACAGAUAACGACCUGGGUGUAGGAUCGUCACGACACACCUCCGCCUCGUCUUCGCUCACAUCGUCGCCACGGCACAGCUCGAAUCUGUACCCCGCUGGCGAUGACGAGCCGUACGAGUUGUCGGAGAAGUGGAGCGGAAAGUUUGCCGGUCAAACUCCGUACGCCAUGGUGGAGCAAGGGACGAGGAGGGACAAUCUGUUGACCGAGGGCGUCAUGACGGUGUUGUACAAGGGCAAGACGACCAUCCUGCUGUGUGUAUGCUUCCUACUCGCGUUGAUGGUCUUGGUUCGAGACGAUCGUACAUCCACACCGAACACGACAUCGAACGCGGCGCUAUCCAUGCCGCCAAGCAACCAGACCAUCCCAACCGCACCCGCACCCGCACCCGCAUCCGCACCCGCAUCCGCACCCGCACCCGUACAAAAACCUUAUCGGUUGGAAGACGACAUGGUGCUCAUCACCAAGGUCGGCUCCGCCACCGUCCACAAACGCCUGCUCAUUCACCUCGCCGAACAACCGCUCUCCAACCUUUACAUGCCCAACCACCUCUACGUCUCGGACUACUCGCUCACCCUCUCCAAUAUCACCUUCUACGACGCGCUCGCCAACGUCUCCUCCACCAUCGCUGCGCUCGACGAGUUCAAGUCGCUCCGUGCCGAACUCAAGGCGCUCGUCGAGUCGAACCAGGAUCUGGACGACAUGUCCCAGAAGGAUGGCGGUUGGAAGUUGGACAAGUACAAGUUCUUGCCGGCUGUGGCCGAGGCGUACAGGAGGUGGCCGGGCAAGAAGUGGUAUGUGAUGGUGGAGGCGGAUACGUUUUUGUUCUGGAACCAGCUGGUCAAGUGGUUGGGCGAGUUGGAUGAGAAGAAGCAGCUCAUGAUGGGGCAUCCGAGUUUCUGCGAUUACGAUGAAAAGUCGACCAUGUUCACGCACGGCGGGUCGGGGAUCGUGCUCUCCGGUGCCACCGUAGAGGCCUCCUUCGGUCAAGAUGCCGAUUUCGAACACACCCACGACGAUCUCAUCCAGAAAUCAGCCUUCGGUGACGCGCUCCUCUCCAAGUCGAUCUACGAUUCGCCCCUGAUCAACUUCACCGAACUCUCCCCUGAAGGUGGCGAAAGGUUCAACUCUGACCCACCCCGAGUUCUCAAGUUCACCCGCGGGAACUGGUGCUCCCCCAUCAUGUCGUUCCACCACAUCACGCCUUCCGACGCCGCCCACCUGUACGACUUCCAGCGACGCAUCGAACCCAAGCUCAACUCCACCGACGUAGUCCGCUGGUCGGACAUCUGGGACGAGUUCAUCCCUGCCUUCCUCAAAGAGGCCAUGCAGCAGGUCGGGCGGUGGGACGGCGACUCGGUGCUCAAGAUGGACAGCGUAGAACCGGGAGAGGUGGGCGUGAUCGGUUGGCAGGCGAUUGAGGAUUGGGAUAGCGAAACCAAGGAUUUUGGCACGAGGGAUGCCGCAGAGUGUCAGAGGAUGUGCAGGGGCGAGAGGGACUGUCUGAUGUGGGAGUGGAGGAAGGGCGAUGGAGAGUUUGGCAAGUGCAGGUAUACCAGCGACUUUUUGAGGAUCGGUGUGAUCAAGCCAAAAGCGGAGGAUGGGUUGACCACCGGUUGGAUGGGUAUGAGGAUCGAUAGGUGGAGGAAGGAGGCGGAAUGUUCGGGUAGGACUGGAUUGAAUCUUUACUAA